AUGCAGGUGUCCAUUGCAUGCACGGACCACGGGCUGAAGGCCCCUCGCAACGGGGAGCACAGCAAGCAGAACGCCACCAGCCCCAACACAACCAGCCAUGCCCGAGCCCGUUUCCGCACGGUGGCUCUCAUAGCCCGCAGUCUGGGCUCCUUCAGCCACCGCUACCACCACAACCUCAAGGAGUCCACCGCCAAGCUGACCGGCAUGAAGUACCGGAACCUGGGGAAAUCUGGAUUGCGUGUCUCCUGUCUGGGACUUGGAACAUGGGUAACAUUUGGAGGUCAGAUCUCUGAUGAGGUGGCUGAGCAGCUGAUGACCAUCGCAUAUGAGAGCGGGGUCAACUUGUUCGACACAGCCGAGGUCUACUCUGGAGGGAAAGCGGAGAUAAUCCUGGGAAAUAUCAUCAAGAAAAAGUGCUGGAGGAGAUCCAGCCUUGUGAUCACCACUAAGCUCUACUGGGGAGGAAAAGCAGAGACAGAGAGAGGCCUCAACAGAAAGCACAUCAUUGAAGGUUUAAAAGGCUCUCUCCAGAGGAUGCAGCUCGAGUAUGUGGAUGUGGUAUUUGCCAACAGGGCAGACAGCAACACUCCUAUGGAGGAGAUAGUGAGAGCAAUGACUCAUGUGAUCAACCAGGGGAUGGCUAUGUACUGGGGCACAUCACGCUGGUCUGCCAUGGAGAUCAUGGAAGCGUAUUCCGUGGCCAGACAGUUUAAUCUUAUUCCACCAGUGUGUGAGCAGGCGGAGUAUAAUUUCUUUCAGAGGGAGAAAGUGGAAACUCAGCUUCCAGAGCUUUACCACAAAAUAGGCGUAGGUGUGGUCUCUUGGUCUCCUUUGGCAUGUGGAAUUAUUACUGGAAAGUAUGAGAAUGGCAUCCCUGAAUCCUCCAGGGCUGCAAUGAAGCCAUACCAGUGGUUGAAGGAGAAGGUAUUGAACGACGAUGGGAGAACACAACAAGCCAAACUGAAAGAACUUACCCAUAUUGCAGAGAAGCUGGGAUGUACUUUGCCUCAGCUAGCCAUAGCCUGGUGUUUGAGGAAUGAGGGAGUGAGCUCCGUGCUACUUGGGGCCUCCAAUCCAAGCCAACUAACAGAAAACCUGGGAGCCAUUCAGGUAAUUCCAAAGAUUACAGCAGAUAUUGCAUCGAAUGCGGACCGUAUAUUGGGCAACCGUCCACACAGUAAAAGGGACUUCCACCAUUAGCAAUGACCCCUUCCAAGUGAACUAUGCUCAAAAGCUCAUGACAGCUCAAUUUCCACAGCCAUGGCACCAAUCGAGUAUACCCAGGGUUGUUUGCGUGUGUAUGAUUGUUUGUAUGUGUGUGACUGUGUAGGUUGUUAUGCUUGGCUCUUAUGACUCAUUAACGUACAGUGAGCUAAUUGAUAAAACAUGCAUGCAACCUCUAUAGCAGCCUGGCACAGGAUCUAACUAAAUUAUGAGGAUUCACCAGGACAGUUCCAAUCUCUUUCACUCCAGCAACCUGUGCAGAAAGUGCUGAACCCCAAAUCUAUUGAAGAAAAUUAUAUCAUAAAGACAUAUCAUCAAUGUGCAAAUUACUAAUGUGAAUAUGGCUGUUAUUGCACGGUUAGAAAACUUUAGCAGAACUUAUUACCUCCAAGCAUCUCACUGAGACCAUGACAGUGCAGUAAGCUUUUAAAAACAGAUGAUAUACAUCAUAUGUACCUUAUGUUAAAGAAAUCUUAGUUUGUACUUUGUUUGAAGAACAAAGAUUCUCAAAUCUGACCGAGUUUUAAAUCACAGGAUCAGCAUCUUCCAUUACGGCUGGAGUUUGUCUCUAAGAUUGAGCAAUUCCGUAACAUUGAAAUAGACAUACUCAGAGAGUGAGAUUUAGGAGACUUGUCUAU